AUGAAAAAAAAACUGAGCACGCUCUAAGAGAUUUCAAUUAAGCUAUUGAAUUAAAUCCAAAAUAUUGAUUGUCCUUUAUUAACAGAGGUAAAUUAAAUAUACUUUAAAUUUCAGGCAAUUUAUAUGGUUAAAUUGAUGAUAAAUCCAAAGCAUUAAAUGAUUAUAAUCAAGCAAUCCAACUUGAUCCAAAUAAUGCAUAAUGCUAUUUUUUUAGAGGUGACUACUAUUAAUCUUAAUAUAUUAGGCAAUUUUUAUUAAAAUCUUGGUGAGUAAGAGAAAGCAUUAAAUGACUAUAAUCAAGCAAUCUAUCUUGAUUCAAACUAUGCCUGUGCCUAUUGUAAUAGGGGUUACUACUUUUAAUUUUAAUAUAUUAGGCAAUUUUUAUUAUAGUCUUUGUGAGUAAGAGAAAGCAUUAAAUGACUAUAAUCAAGCAAUCCAACUUGAUCCAAAUAAUGCAUAAGGUUAUUUUUUUAGAGGUGACUACUAAUAAUCUUAAUAUAUUAGGCAAUUUUUAUUAAAAUCUUGGUGAGUAAGAGAAAGCAUUAAAUGACUAUAAUCAAGCAAUCUAUCUUGAUUCAAAUGAUGCCUGUGCCUAUUCUAAUAGGGGUAAUUACUAUUAAACUUACUGUAUUAGGCAAUGUAUACAGCUAUAUUGGUGAGUAAGAGAAAGCAUUAAAUGACUUUAAUCAAGCAAUCUAUCUUGAUCCAAAUGAUGCAAUAACCUUUUAUAAUCGAGGUGACUACUAUAAAACUUAAUAAGCUAGGUCUCUUUUAUGAUAAACUUGGUGAUAAAUCUAAAGCAUUAAAUGACUAUAAUCAAUCAAUAUAAUUUGAUCCAAAUGGUGCAAAAACCUAUUAUAAUAGAGGUGACUACUAUUACACUUAAUAUGCUAGGUCUCCUAUAUGAAAAACUUGGUGAUAAAUCCAAAGCAUUAAAUGACUUUAAUCAAGCAAUCCGAUUUGAUCCAAAUUAUGCAUAAGCCUAUUAUAAUAGAGGCAACUACUAUUAAUCUUAAUAUAUUAGGCAAAUUAUAUGAAAAUAUUGGUGAUAAAUCCAAAGCAUUAAAUGAUCUUAAUCAAGCUAUACAACUUAAUCCAAAUUAUGCAUAAGCCUAUUCUAAUAGAGGUUUCUACUAUUAAUCUUAAUAUAUUAGGCAAUUUAUAUGAAAAACUUGGUGAUAAAUCCAGAGCAUUAAAUGACUUUAAUCAAGCAAUCCGAUUUGAUCCAAAUUAUGCAUAAGCCUAUUAUAAUAGAGGCAACUACUAUUAAUCUUAAUAUAUUAGGCAAAUUAUAUGA